AUGCCGCGGGCAAAAGCAGAUGAUGCUUCACCGCGGUAUCAGUUCGUUGGCGGAACAACUCUCAAGGGCCGCACAGGGGGCAUCAGGUCGCUUAUGAUCCGACGCACGUUGAGCGAUCGAACCAGAGAACGUCGUGAUGUCCAAGGGAAAGCAGUGUCUACUUCACGACCGCCAGACCAUCUCUUAUGUGACGUCUGUCGCGCCUCGCACGUGGGACUGAGUUCUUCGGGGCCACCCCGCUACUACCGCCCGAUCCGCCCAAGAACAGGCCCGGCCACCAGGAUGCUCCCAGCCCUAUGCCAAACCUGCGGGGAGAGGCUUGCAGCCAUCAAGUUACACUUGUAUACGUUCCUGGCCAGCCAUAUCGACCUCUUCCUACCGUUCGACUCUAACCUCGCCGGCAUCAAAGUGCAGCAUAUUCUAAAGUUUGCGACCACCCACAUCUGGCCCAAUAUGCGGCCACUAGACUACUCUGCUGAUUGCUACCGGGGCUGGACUUUUAUGUGGGAGGACAAACUGCGGGUGUACGGUAUGCUGUGGUCCGCAUGUUUCCAGCGCGACAUGCUGCGUCUCGUGCAUGGCCCACCUGGUCAAGAAAUUGACUCGAGGGAGCAGCUACAUCUCUGGGCGCUUACGAUUCAGCAUCUACGCGAAGAAGUUGCCAACAUUGAUGCAGUGAACGCUCCGGAUGGACUCGUCCUGAGCACGCUCUUCCUCGCAAUGAACGUAGCGCCGCCCAUCAAGGCUGGCGGGGCCCCAAGUUCGUUUUCACCUCCCUUUCGGAACCUGCACUCGCUGCAAGCCUAUGGCAGCCGCCAGUUUCAUCCGAUGCACUGGCGGAUUCUGCACGAGAUCGUCCGCCGCUUUGGUGGAGUUGCGUCGCUUCGCAUGUUCGCGUUGGCGUUUAUGCUUUCCGUCGCAGACCUCAUGAACGCCGUGAAUAAUCUGGACAAGCCGGUCUAUCCAGCAUUGGGCGUUCAUGGGCAGGUGCUCGAUCUGCAGCCUCCACUCAGCCUGUUUCCAAUGGAGCCGCCGUCGAAAGCUGGCCUCGGAUUCCUGGCGCUGGGGGACUUGUCCCCGCCUAUAAGCCAGGCGGUUAUCAACAUCUUUGCAGAUAUCGGACAGUAUUCCCGUGUUAUACAGCAUUACUCCACCGAUGCAUGUACCCCGGAGGUUCUGGACCUCCUGGGCGAUAGCCGGAAUCAGGUGCAUAAUAGGGUCUUCUCUCUCCCUGAUGAGAAGGAUGACCUCCGCGUGGUUCUAGAGUGUUAUCAGGGCCACUCCGCGGCGCAGAUCGCACAAUCGCAAGAGAUAUACCUCCUCGUCCGACUAAGCGUAACCCUCUACGCGAUCCACGUGUCAUUCCCGAUUCCUCACAGUAGACGCCUACGAGAUCGGCUUCUCACCGCGCUUCGUCCUCAAUUCACCAGGCUAAUCAACCAAGUGCCAGAGUCGCUUGUCCUCUGGUGCCUGGUUGUCGCGAUCGUCAGCUCGGGCGAUUCCCCUUCCGGUCAGCUACUGGGCUUCGCUGCUAGACUGUGUUUGGCACUGAAGAUCGACUCCAAGGAGAAGUUAUUGAGGCUUCUAGGAUCCUUCGCGUGGGUCGAGACUGCGGUGCCGGAUACCGCGCCUUUCUGGACCCUCGUCGGCAAUCUGUUCGCGCAGGCGCAAAGGGCGGAGCCUGGGCUCAUCAUUUUACCGCGUCCAUCAUAG